CCCUCCUCUCUCUCUCUCUCUCUUUCAUUCAUCUUCGACAUAUUCUCUCUCCUCCACUUUCUCUCUCUUCAAGCAUACUAUAAAAGAUGGCCGACGGUGAGGACAUUCAACCACUUGUCUGUGACAAUGGAACUGGGAUGGUUAAGGCUGGAUUUGCCGGAGAUGAUGCUCCUAGAGCUGUCUUCCCAAGUAUUGUUGGUCGUCCCCGUCACACUGGUGUCAUGGUUGGCAUGGGUCAGAAAGAUGCUUAUGUUGGAGAUGAAGCUCAAUCCAAGCGUGGUAUUCUCACUUUGAAGUACCCUAUUGAGCAUGGUAUUGUAAGCAAUUGGGAUGAUAUGGAAAAGAUAUGGCAUCACACUUUCUACAAUGAGCUACGUGUGGCUCCAGAAGAGCACCCUGUUCUUCUGACUGAAGCACCUCUAAAUCCUAAGGCUAAUCGUGAAAAGAUGACUCAGAUAAUGUUUGAGACUUUUAACACCCCUGCUAUGUAUGUUGCAAUUCAGGCUGUUCUUUCUCUAUAUGCCAGUGGACGUACAACAGGUAUUGUGCUGGAUUCUGGUGAUGGUGUCAGUCACACUGUCCCCAUCUAUGAAGGAUAUGCCCUCCCACAUGCUAUCCUUCGUCUUGACCUUGCUGGUCGUGACCUAACAGACCACUUGAUGAAAAUCCUCACUGAGCGUGGAUAUUCUUUCACCACCUCAGCUGAGCGAGAAAUUGUAAGGGAUAUGAAGGAAAAGCUUGCCUACAUUGCCCUUGACUAUGAGCAGGAAAUGGAGACAGCCAAGACUAGCUCUUCAGUUGAGAAAAGCUAUGAACUUCCCGAUGGGCAGGUCAUCACUAUUGGAGCUGAGCGCUUCCGUUGCCCUGAGGUUCUCUUCCAGCCAUCAUUCAUCGGAAUGGAAGCAGCGGGUAUUCAUGAGACUACAUAUAACUCUAUCAUGAAGUGUGAUGUGGAUAUCAGGAAGGAUCUAUACGGAAACAUUGUCCUCAGUGGUGGUACUACUAUGUUCCCCGGUAUUGCUGACAGAAUGAGCAAGGAAAUCACAGCCCUAGCCCCCAGCAGCAUGAAGAUCAAGGUAGUGGCACCUCCUGAGAGAAAAUACAGUGUUUGGAUCGGAGGUUCCAUCUUGGCAUCCCUCAGUACAUUCCAGCAGAUGUGGAUUGCAAAGGCCGAGUACGAUGAAUCUGGGCCAUCAAUUGUCCACAGAAAGUGCUUCUAAGCUUCUUGACGAAAUGGGUGCAAAUGUUACUUCAGAUCGUCAUCUCUUUAAUGGAAGACCCUAUUAUAAGCUUUCAAGUACAGAAAAAACCUGCUGUUCAUGCAAUUUUUUGUUUAUUUAUAUGUUGAUUCUCACAUAUUGUAAUGAUGACCAUGAGAAGGUGAGGAGUUGUUUAAAAAUUGUUAAAUUCUUUUUAAGUGAGUAAUUUUUGGAAGUUCAAUCAAAUCCUUUGCAAUUUUUUCUACA